CCUCACACAUUGACUCCUUUCCCUUUUCUUGACGUUAUUUGCUAUCUUCCAGCCGAAACAAAAACUAUUACCCCUUUUUGGAUAAGUCCUUUUCCAUUUUGGUUCAUCAAUUUUCUUGUGAUCUCAAAAAUCUUUGAUGGGGAGAUUAUUUGUGUUGACUCUUGAAGGCAAGAUCUACAGCUGCAAGCACUGUGGAACUCAUCUUGCCCUUUCUGAAAACAUUGUUUCCAAGUCUUUCCACUGCAGACAUGGGAAGGCUUACCUCUUCAGUAAAGUGGUGAAUGUCACUUCUGGCGAGAUAGAAAAUAGAAUGAUGAUGACUGGUAUGCACACUGUGGCUGACAUUUUCUGCGUCUGUUGUGGGUCAAUUGUUGGAUGGAAAUAUGAGACCGCCCAUGAGAAGAGCCAAAAGUACAAAGAAGGAAAAUCAGUGCUUGAGCGGUUUAAGAUUACUGGCCCUGAUGGAAGCCAUUACUGGGCUAGUCAUGAUACUCAUGUUGCAGGAAGUGAUGCUGAUGAUGUUUGAUCACCAUUCAGAACAAAAAUUCUAUCCAAAAAUGUACAUUCUUUAACCCACCAGGCCACCACCCUAUUAGUUCUUUAUGGACCAUUGGAUUCUUGAAUAGCUUAAGCUACUACUACUUUAAGCUUGUCCUCUAUUGUAUAUGAUAAUAUGGAAGCAGCCAUGUGUUGCUGCAAACUAACAUGACCAUCUGCUUGUAUUUGUUUGCAAUGACAAGACAUUACUAGUAAGUUAUGUGGGUAUUA